UUCAAAUAUACAAAUUCUUAAAUGGACUUGGUUCACACAAAUUUAUUGUGAACCACUAACAUUAGAGAUACUACGAUUGUUUUAUUAAUAAUAAAAAAAAAGGUCACUACAUUAAAAUAAAGGUUAUUAUGUUGAAAUAAAAGCGAUUGUGACAUUAUAAAAGCUAUAAGAGGUUAAUUUUUUGGGAUGUAAGCAGAAAUAACAUUAAAGGUCACACAAAUUUAUUUAUUUAUUUUGACGGGAAGGUCACACAAAUUUUAAUAAAGGUUACUAUGUUAAAAAAUGAGGAUACCAUAUUAAAAUAACAAUAAAUAACUUUAGUUCUUAGUGUAUAUAAAUGUCAAGUCCACCCAAGAAUUUAUGCUCGUAGUAGCAAAUAGCAAGCGCCCAAAAUGACGAGUUUAAUUGGUUAAGAAGCUAUAAAUACGAACAACAUCACUGUAUUCCUCAUUCCCUACAGAAUUAAUUUCAAAUUGAAAAAAAAGGAAAAAACAUAGAGAAAAAUGGCGGGAGCUCAAGAACUAAAAAUGGCGGAGAGAGAAACUCAGAAGUCGUUAAUGGCGACACCGACGACGAUGACGACGAGAGAUCUGAAUCAAUGGCAAUGGAAGAUUCAAUACGCUCGAUGCUUCACCUAUCCUUCUUCGUACCUCUCUAAAACCACCGCCAUAACCACUAGUACUUCUCCUUCUUUUCUCUCUCCUCUCAAGCGAAGUCAAUUCAAGCCUGUUUGGAUUACUUCUUCUGGAUUCUCCAUCGUCUCUCUCCAUCCUUCCACUGAUGCCUGCUCCUCCGCUGAUUCCAUCCUCACUGUUUCUCUUCAAGGAACUGUUGUUGAAGAUCACUUCAUCUCCAAGCUGCAGUUUGUCUGGCCUCAAGUCUCAUGUCUCUCUGGGUUUCCUACUCGAGGUAGCCUAGUUGUCUUUGCAAGCUACGUUGACUGUUCAGAUGAGAAGCAGAAGUUUGCAAUGCGGUUUUCAGGAGUCCUAGAAGUACAAAAUUUUAUAACCUCAUUGCAGGCUAUCCUUUCGAAUAAAAUCCCUAACAGACCUUUAACUGUUAGUGCCAUAUCUGCAAUGUCUUCUCAGUCUGAGUUUAUUCCUGCGUAUAGGCCUGACACAUCAAGCAUGAUGACCCCGGCUUAUGAUUCUAACCCGUCAAAGAACUUGCUCAAUGAAUAUCAGGAAUUACAGACCCAAAAUACAGUUGCUGAUUCUCAGAGCAAUGUUGAAGCGCUUCCUCCUCGCUUCACAUCCCUUGUGUCCAGUUGCUCUGCUGAGCACAAACAUGAUGAAUUAGCUCUUGCUCUUGCACCUGGUCCGCAGGAAUUUAACCUAAAAGCUCAAAUUUCGAAAUAUAUGCAAGAUGCAUCUUUCCUUGAUAUGGUGAAUAAAGUGAAUGAGGUAAUCACUGAACUUGGAGAUGACUUCACGAUCUAGAAGUCUUAGUAUUGCACAAGUCACCUUAUGCAUAGUGCUGCUCCUUUCACUUGGAGUUCAAGUGCUCUACCCAAAGAAAAAGAUGGCCUUGCCAUGAACUCAACCAUAUUCAUACAUAGAUGUUGCUCCUCCACGUGACUGCGAUACACGAAGUAUAUAGCAGUAUAAUCUUAUCUGAUGUUACAAUCUUUCUAAACGUUUAUGUAAACACA